GGAUCAAAACAAUACAUUAAUAGCGUCCGAAGUGCGCGCCAGUGCGGACGGCCAGUCUAUACGCGGACAGUGACUUGAACGCUCUCAAAAACGGAGGCUCCAUAAUACGUGUAAUAUAGCCAGUUGAAUAUUUCAUAAACCAAUCGGAUUUUUCACACGAUGUCUGUUCUCCGAGCUAUAGCGGUGUUUCUCUGCGGAUUCUUCUGCCUACGUGUGAGCAGGGCUCAAUUGGUAUUCCCCGGAGCGUGCCCAGAUGUUGCUGUUAUGACUGAUUUUGAUGCUAGCAGAUACUUGGGAAAAUGGUACGAGGCCGAGAAAUACUUCGCUGCUUUCGAGCUGGGGGGAAAGUGCAUCACCGCCAACUACGGGCUCAAAGACAAUGGAGUGGUCAGAGUCCUCAACAAACAAAUAAGCACUUUUACGGGAAUGAAGUCAGAGAUAGAAGGAGAGGCCAUGCAAGUGAGCCGGUCGGACGAGGGCAAGCUGUCGGUGAGGUUUCCGUCGCUGCCAGUCAACGUGGCGGCGCCGUACUGGGUCGUCGACACUGACUAUGACAGCUUCAGCCUGGUCUGGAGCUGCUAUGACUUCGGCAUCUUCCACACAAGAAAUGCAUGGAUACUUACGAGAGAGAGAAACCCGCCUUUGGAAGUUCUAGAGAAAGCGUACACAGCAGCCGACAAAAACAACAUUAACCGUGCAUACUUCAUGCGGACAGACCAGAAGAAUUGCCCCAAAGAAGAUUGAUGAACCCUGUAUUGCUUUAAUAACGCCAUCCAGUAUUUAUAAGUUUACUAUUGUUAGUGCAUUUAUUAAAAUAUUAGUAAUUUAA